AUGUUCAAUAAUUCCACUACCUUCGACUCCGGCUCCGGCUCCGGCGCCGUCGUCCCAACUCCCGCCGCUACUGUUCCCAUCACGGUCUUCCCCGGUACCACCAUCACCACCAACUCCACCUUCAUCAUCAUCGGACCUCCUCCACCGUUUCCGGCGCCUCCCCGGAGCAUAGACCUCUCUCCUCUCAAACUAAUCUUCGCCGUUAUCGCCAUCGUCGCCGUUCCCGCUUUAGUCUACGCUCUCUUCUUCGCCAUCCCGUGUUCUCAUAACCGCCGCAAUUCCUCUUCCUCCCGCCGCAGCAGCAGCUCCUCCUCCGACGACACGCCUCAUGUCUCCGUGGAUAUCUCCCCGCCGACCACGAGAGAAACAGACAGCGCCGCCGCCACCGCGACUGACUCCGGCCUCAAAUUCCAGAAGGAUACACAUUCCAAAGAGAUCGGAAACGAGUGCACCGUGUGUCUGUUAGUGUUCGCCGACGGCGAAGAGAUCCGACUACUGAGCCCGUGUAAACACGCAUUCCACGUGUCUUGUAUUGAGCCGUGGCUCGAGAAUCAUCCCAAUUGCCCCAUUUGCCGAGCAGACGUCUCCGUCAAACAGACGGAAGCCAACGUUACCGUUAACGCUAGUGCUAACGCGAAUCGCGGUGGAGGAAACCGCCGAGUUUCGGCGACCAAUAGAGAUGACGAUUGGCGUCAAGGUCUACCUGACGCUUCUAGUUUAGUUUGA